AUGUCGUUGUGUCAGGCAGGUGCGAACCCGAUUAGCCGCCUCGCCGGCAAAAGCGAGCAGUUGCGCGGCGUGGGGCGCUUGCACGACGCGCGCCCCGGCGUGGGCGGCGUGAGGGACGGGAGAGAAGCGCAGUUCCGCGGCGCUGGCGCGUCGGCGCAGCCCAUGGCUCAGCCCGUGCCCCAUCCCAUGGCGGCGGCGCCCGCCGCCGCCGAUGCGUGGGUCAACCAGUUCUCUAACAUGCAUAUCAAGGACCCGCUCAGCUUCAGCUCGGAGUACCAGCGGCUCUACAGCUCGUACGAGCAGCCGCAGGCCGUGCGCCCGGCCCAGCCGCAGACGCUGCAUGCGGUCCAGCCGCAGUACCAGCGCCAGUUCUACCCAUCCUCGUACUCGCAGUCGCUGUCGCAGCAGUUCUCGCAGUCGUUCACCGCGGACAACUCGGCGCUCUUCGACAGCGAGUUCGACCAGAUUGAACAGGAGGAGGCCGCGCAGCAGCAGCAGCAGCAGCAGCAGCAGGGGCCCGCUGCUCAGGAUACUGCCACCGCAGUCCCCGCGCUCGACGACGAGCAAGCCAAGUUCCAGCAGGCGGCGACCGAGAUUUACGCCCGGCUCUCGCCCGGGCCACAAACCCCUCCCGAGAUGGAGGCAAAGCUACACAACCCCAAGCUACAGAACUCCAAGUUUCUAGGCCUCAUGCGCAGGAUAAGCGACGGCGUCGUCACGCUGCAGAACGACCAAAACUCCCAAAAGUACACUCAGCUCUACUCCCCUACAACCGGCGAAGUUGUGGGGAACGAAUACUUCCCAGUGGUGGACGCCAUCUUGGAACCAUAG